AGCCACAACUACAGCUGCCCCAGCAACAACUACAGCUGCUCAAGUCACAACUACAGCUGCUCCAGCCACAACUACAGUUGCUCCAGCCACAACUACAGCUGCUCCAGUCACAACAACUGCUGCUCCUGAUAGAACUUACUUUGUUAUAGCAAUUUUUGUUGAAACAUUUAAUGAAGCAUUUAAUAAUAGAGAGAGCCAAGAAUUUAAAAAUCUUGAGAAAAGAGCCACAGAAACAUAUGACGUUAUCUAUGAGGAAGAGUAUGGAGAAAUCUUUAUCCGUAGUUUUGUCAUUAGAUUCCGUCCUGUUCCAGCCACUACAAGAGCGAGUAACACUGAAGCCGAGAUGGGGCUGGUGUUUAAUGAAACCACACCAAUUGAAAACCUUCCAGACAAUGAUGCUGUAAUCAAUACUUUAGUGAAGGCCAUAAACUCAACUACCUUCAAUGUAUCGUUUGUACCGAACUCCUUUAAUGUUACACGUACACCUUUGCAAACCAUCGCAACAACAAACACAACAACAGCUGCUCCUACCACAACAACGGCUGCUCCUACCACAACAACUGCUACUACUGUGGAGGCAACAGUAACAAAACGACUGACUUUUAGGUCUGCUGGUGAGACCUUCACAAAUGAUUUGCUAGACUCCUCAUCUGCAGCAUUUCAAAAUAGAGCUGGACUUUUGAAGUCCAAUCUUGAACCACUUUAUCAGCGAGAGUUUUCUUCUUCAUUCCGAGACUUCACUGUGAGGUCAUUUAGUAAUGGGUCAAUCAUCAACAAUAUUGACCUGAAAUUUGCAUUAGCAACAGCUCCUAAUAACACCCAGAUAUCAGAGGUUUUGGUCAAUGCAGCUUCAACCAUCACAGCUUUCAACAUCGACACCAGUUCCAUUACUGUUGAUGGCACACAGACGUCAAGUGGAAUAAGCCACAAUAUCAGCCUCAUCACUGCAUUCAGCAUGAUCUUGCUGUCAUGGCUCCUGUCAAGCCAGUAAUAAUUGGCUCUGCUGGUUUUCACAGAAAGCAAAUGCUAAAAAAAUUUAACUAUUUCUGGUAUGAACAAGGAUGUUGUUCUAGUUGGAAAUCAGGAAUUCAUCAUGAAUUUAAAGUUUUAAGCUUUUAUUAAGACUUGAUACCAUAGAUCCGAAUAUUGUGCAAUUAGAAUUGAGGCUAUUGAAAUGUGUUUGUGUUAGUUUUGUCCUAUUUAUUAAUGAAAAAUUAAAUAUUAUGUAACAAUAACAUAAAUUAUUAUCUUUGAAUGUAACCAUUGUGGUAAUACUCAAGGACAGUUUAAUUGACUGUUCAUGCAAUACUCAAGAUUUGUCUCUCAGUGUAUUUUGCAAUGUUAUUUAAACAUGUUGUCCAAACAACGUCCUGAAUGAUUAUCCAGUUUUUUCUUUCUCCUUUAAUUGUAUUUAUAUCACAAAAUAUUCUGUGAAACAUUAUGCCUAUAUUUUUCUGUAUAACUAUCAAUAAAACAAAGAU